ACUGCCACGUGCUACAUACAGACUGCUUUUUGUUUUCAGCAGAGGGAAACACGUUUCCCAUGAGACCUGCCUCCUGGACCAGGUGCUGGAGCUGAUUAUGAACGAGAAGCCCCCUAAUAGUGCCAGUCUUUUCCUGAACGAGGACACAGACAAACCCCCCCUGCCAGAGAGAGGAGACUUAAGGAGGCGCUUACGCAGGGCAAUGGAGAGGAGAGCGAGCAGCAUGAAGGAGAGGAUGAGGUCCAUCAGCAGGGACAGUGUCAAAGGUUUCCUCAAGAGGAACCUGUUUGUUCUGUUCACUGUUGCCGCUGUGGCUCUGGGUGUAAUCCUGGGCUUUGCUCUACGCCCCCACAACCUGUCCCUGAGGGAGAUCAAGUACUUUGCCUUUCCUGGGGAGCUCCUAAUGAGGAUGCUACAGAUGCUGGUGCUGCCUCUCAUCGUCUCCAGUCUGGUCACAGGUAUUUCCUCCUUGGACAGCAAAGCAUCAGGUAAAAUGGGUGUUCGAGCAGUGGUCUACUACAUGGUGACCACCCUGAUUGCUGUGUUCAUUGGUAUUGUCAUUGUGAUAAUCAUUCGGCCGGGGAAAGGCAGCAGAGACAGUCCUGUGGCCAACAGUGGAAACAUUGAACCAGUUCAGGCUGCUGAUGCUUUUCUGGAUCUGAUCAGGAACAUGUUUCCACCCAAUCUGGUAGAAGCCUGUUUCAAGCAGUAUAAAACUGUGUACAAGAAGAUUGUUCACACAAGGAAUGUGACAGUGACCCUGAACCUCACCGACUCUCUCAACGUGACAGCAUCUAACCUGAGUGUGAACCUCAGCAGGGUGCUACACACCGUACAGGAGACAGUGGAGGAGACUGUCCCUGUGUCUGGCUCCUCUGGUGGAGUGAACGCUCUGGGUCUGGUGGUCUUCUCCAUGUGCUUCGGCCUGGUCAUUGGGAACAUGAAGCAGCAGGGCCAGGCCCUCAGGGAUUUCUUUGACUGCCUUAAUGAAGCCAUCAUGAGGCUGGUGGCCAUCAUCAUCUGGUACGCUCCAGUGGGCAUCCUGUUCCUGAUUGCCGGGAAGAUUGUGGAGAUGAAGGAUCUGGCAGAGGUGGGCGGUCAGCUGGGGAUGUACACUGUGUCGGUGAUUGUGGGUCUGCUCAUCCAUGGCCUCUUUGUCCUGCCACUGCUUUACUUCCUGGUGACCAGGAGGAACCCCUAUAGCUUCAUUGGUGGUCUGCUGCAGGCGCUCAUCACAGCUCUGGGAACCUCAUCCAGCUCUGCUACCCUGCCCAUCACCUUCCGCUGUCUGGAGGAGAACAACCAUGUGGAUAAAAGAGUGACACGUUUCGUCCUCCCUGUGGGAGCCACCAUCAACAUGGAUGGCACCGCGCUCUAUGAGGCUGUGGCAGCCAUCUUUAUCGCUCAAGUCAAUGACAUGGACCUAAACUUUGGCCAGAUUCUCACCAUCAGUAUCACAGCAACUGCUGCCAGCAUCGGAGCAGCAGGCAUCCCUCAGGCUGGCCUGGUUACCAUGGUAAUUGUAUUGACAUCGGUGGGACUGCCCACAGAGGACAUAACACUGAUCAUCGCUGUGGAUUGGUUCUUGGACCGCUUGCGUACCACCACCAACGUGUUGGGUGACUCGCUCGGGGCUGGCAUUGUGGAGCACCUUUCCCGUGGAGAGCUGCAGAAUCAGGAGGCUGAGGUGUGCAACUCUGUAAUCGAGGAGAAUGAGAAGCCCUACCAGCUUAUCUGCCAGGAAAAUGACUCUCUCAACCACCACAACAGUGAGACCACAAUGUGAAAACAUAAACUACACCGAAAAGGGCUUUGUGUACCAGAAGUAUUUUAGCUAGAUGGUUCCCUUGCAAUGGUGCAAGGAAGGUUUUAGAAAAAAAAACUGUUUUGUGUCGACUCAGCCAGUGCUCAGGGUUUCCAGAGUGUCGUAAACUCUCAUCUUACCCUCAAAUACAAAACAUUGUCUUGGAAACAGGGCAAUACAAGGCCUGGCCUGGGGCUGCUUGGUGACAGGAAAUAAGCAGACAUACUCUUUAGGAACAAUUACAUAUCCACAGCUGACAACCUGAUUCAAUGCCAGUUAUUUGGGGGCAUUUUGAAAAGCUCAAUAUCUCAAACAAUGCUGAAAGUCAUUUUCGAAACAUUUUCAGGUUCAUUAAGUUUUCAAAGAUUUUCAUGAUUUAUGAUCCAUACACUCAGACACUCAUAUAACUUCCUACCAGCAUCAGAUAGAAUAUAGUAUUACUAGAGAGAAACACCAUCCCAUUUCCAGUUUUGUGAAAAUGUAAAUUUUCAUCACUCGGUUAUUUCUGUUGCAUGACCUGACACUUCAUUGCAAAUAGUUGUUUUUUCUCAUACUCAUACAUCAUGACUACCUCUAACAAGACUUUUAGACAUGGACCUUCUACACACAAAUAUUCAAUGGAACAUAUCAACAGGAUGUAAAUAAAUCAAUCAUUCAGUUGUUUUAGAGCCGAUAUUUAAGUUUAUUUAAGUUGAUUUUUUUGUUAUUUAAGUUUGCUUGCACAAAACUCUAGACUGUGGUGGGGAAAUGAAUCUUUGCUACUUAUUAUUUUGAGGCUGAUAUAUUUCAAGUGACUUGGUAAAACGUUAUACACCUAAUGCAUUCUUAUAUAUGUUAUAGCAAAACAUUACUUGUAUUUGUUUGGUGCGAUUGCUUUUAAACUAUGGGCACAGGACUGUACUGAUUUACACUAAUUUAAGAAUAAUACCAGCAGUAAUACGUCAUUUUUUUACCCCCUCAAAUCAAUUAUUCAGUUACCCUAACUAAGAAGGAAAUGUCAAAAAAGAUCAUUUUUGUUUAUUUUUUCCUCCGUUAAAGGUUCCUGUUUUUCCAUUUUAAGAUUUGUUUUCUUAAGUUGGAUCAAUUUUUUUAAUUACUGAGAAGUUUCAAGAGCAUUAGAAAAGAUUUUGUUGUUGGUCAUAACAGUUUGCUUUAACAUCAGUAUGCCUGUCUGUGAUUUCUGCAUUAUACUAUCAACUAAUAAUGUAAUUUGAUUUUGUUAUAUUUUGACUGGAAAAAUAUAUUGCAAGCUAAUCACCGAUUUGAUUGUAUUGUUUGGUGAAAAGGUACUGUGAAGAAAGUUUGUGAAUGCUGUGAAGAACUGAAUGUACAGUUGCUUUAUGCUCUUUGGUGUUGAUUGUUUUAGAGGAAAUGUGCAUAAAUAUGAAAGUGAUGAGGUAUAUACAGUUUAAUUGAAAGCUCUUAUGACUUUGUGCCACUUUUAUGCUCAGCAAGAGGUUUGCCUUUAGUUUUGAUGCUUGUUGUUAUUUAAGUGAAAAGGUUUUUUUCUCACAGAAGAGAAGCUCAACAUUUUUGAUGGACAGCUUAUGAAAAAUGUGACAAAUAAAUGGCUCAGGAAUUGAACGCUGAUUCUCAUUAUUGUGUUUUUGGCUACCCCUGGUGGAGGAAAUUCUUGUGGCCAGAAACUGUGCUCAGAGACAAUCAUA